UUCUAUAUGUCGAUGCCCCGAACAUCAAACGUAUGUGCAAAACUGUAUGCAAGCGCAAAACAAAUCGAAAGUUUUGAGUUCAGUUGUCAACAAUGACGGAAUGGUUUGUUGUAAAAAUAAACCGCUUCGGCGAAUUGAGUGAUGUGGAUGAAAAGAAGGAAUUAUUAACGGAAAUGAAGAUUAAGUUGUUGAGCUUGUCUAACCGUGAAUUGGAACCGGUGGCUGGCAAUUUGGAUCUUGGGAAGCUAUUUUCACAACUAACCUCACACGACAGUGCUUUCCUGGAUGAAUUAUGUGAAGUCAUAAAGAUAGUCAUCAUAGCAUUAGAACCCGGAGAUGUGCACCAGCGUUACCCAAGGGAGGUUUCCCAAUUCAUAUCUCACUCCGACGUCCGAAUCAAGAACCUCGUCUUGGAAGAAUUACUCCGAACGGCAUCCAGUCCCACCAAACUUAAGGAUUACUUACUUAAGGAUACAGAUCUGCUCGUAGCCGUAGUAGAAAGAGUCGCAGAUGAAGAUUUAUCAGUAGCCAAAUAUGCCAUGUCAAUUCUGAAAAAAAUUGGAGAAACUUCCGAAGGUCUGCAGGUUCUUUACUCAGGUACUCUUUUAAGGACUUUAGCUAGACUUCUAUCCAAGAACGAUAUCAUUAGUUUUCGAGUGUACGAAGUUAUAACCGAUAUAUCUAAAAGUACAAAAAUCGGCUUGGAGGCUUCUGUUAAAUCAGGAUUUCUUCACAGCCUGAUAGCGAUUCUCGAAAACGAGGAUGAACUUCUUCAUCUCAACGUUUUAGAAGCAAUAUCGGGUUUAGCUGUGACUGAAGAAGGAUUACAUUUUCUCGAGCAGCAAGAUGUCCUCAGAAAACUCGCUCACAAAAUCGCUCGCGCUAAUGAAACUCCUCUUUCAAACCUCCUAAUUCCUGGCCUGAUGAAGUUUUUCGGCCACGUAGCUCGCUUUCGUCCUAACGAGAUAUUCUCCAAAUAUCCCGUUGUGGUCUCCGCUCUUUUUGAAGUCCUCGAAAGUGCCGAUCAAAGUAUACUAGCCGCUGCUUUGGAUACCUUAGGUCACAUCGCCACCACUGUGGAAGGCAAAUAUGCUUUGCAAGAUCUUGGAGACAAUAUGCCAAUCGCUUUAAAAAGAUUAGCAGAAGUCAUUAAGAAAAUGCCCACAGAUCUCAGAGUGCGUGGUUUGAACAACCUCGCCUGCAUUCUAGAUGUGAAGAAAUCAGAGCAAGACAACAGAAUACUUUCUCUAACUAAAUCCUGGUUUGAUUUGUUGUGUGAAGAGCCAUUAAAAAUGGUAGUUGAUCUAUGCAAGCAACCAUUUGCUGACAUUAGGCAAGCCAGUUUGGAACUUCUUGCUGUUCUGGCAUCUCAAGUUUGGGGCCAGGAAUACAUAGCCGCGUCACCAGGCUUGGUAGAGUUUUUGCUGGACAGAAAUAUAGAGAGCUUUAAGGAAUGCAAGGAAGCCAAGUACGAUGUCGUGAGGAAUCUUUCUAACGCUGUCUCCGAUAUCUUUGAUGCGAGCACCAUGCAGAAAUUCAAACAGUUUGUAAACCAAGGACCAAUGUACGUUGAAACUCAGAUUGAAGUCGCGACUGAAAGUGCAGCUUAGUACUGUAUGUAGUUUUUUUCAAUUUUAUAUUUCAACGAGAGACUGAUAUUUUUGGGGUGUACGAAGAUUGCUAAUGUUGCUACGUCUGGACAAUGAUUGUCCCUUCUUUAAAAACCGAUAUGUUCAAAAAUUUUAUUCUGGAGAAGGAUCUUUUAAUAUUUGCAAAUUUUGUUCUCAGGAAAUGAAUCUUUGUUCUUACGGAUUUUAAGAUUGAUAAUUGCAAUUCGAGUAGGCUUUUACUUUAGAAUAUAUUCCUUUAAAGUAGGAAGCAUAUGGAUGAAUGGAAGAUGCUGGUUUUUGAUGCUGGUUAAAUAAUCCAAGUUCGGAUUGUCAGUGAUAGCCUAGCAUUUAAAUCAGAAUCUGUUUCAUUUCCACAGAGAAAUUCCCUAAAAAAGUUACUCUUUAGUUUUUGAAAUUAAUUUCCAUUCGAUUAAUUAAAAUGUAAAUGUUCAUUGAAAAUCUAUACGGAAAUUAUUUUUAAAAACUUGUCUAAGGUUAAUUAAUUUUGACAAAGAUAGAAACAAAAUCCGUAGAAUUGAAAUAAUUACAUCUUUAUUUUCGUUUCUUUGUAAAACUAUCAUCGACAAAAAAUCAAAAUAGGUACCAAAAGUUACCUACUGAAAAAAACUCUAAAAAUAUUUUACCACGUUUAGACUUUAGUAUUAUCUUAAGGUUUUUACCUAAGGUAUCAAUACUAUUUGGUAUUGCAUACCUUUUUGCUACUUCAUAGGCAUCUAGUUUGUCUGAUAUGUGAUUCAUUUUUGUUGAGUGACUAUGAAUAAAUACGAUUAGUACGAA